UAUGAAGCGGCGGCUGCAGCAGCUUCAGUCAAUCUAGCUAAAAUCUGGAGGCUGGCUCUCUCUGCCUCUCUGGUUCUGCUUGUAAAUUUCAAUUGCUCGGGAGAGAGUGGAGGGGGGUAAGUGGUGGAGGUGGCUGGGGGAAGCCGCAGAGAUAUCAAUCAUUCGCAACUCCGGAGCCGGUGCCAGAGAGCUCUGUCAAGGGAAAGGGGCUCUCAACUUCAGGCAGAGCCUCCCAGCCAGCCCCAAUGAAGCCCCGUGCAAAGCGCCCUUCCAAGCAGAGGACUUGACCUGGGGCUCCUCUCCGCCGCGUCUGACUUCGCUGUCGGGAUGCCGCUGGGGCUGCUGCGUUCAGCAUGGCUGCUGAGCUGCUUGGGCAGCCUGUGCCGAGGCUAUUUCGACGGGCCGCUGUACCCGGAGAUGUCCAACGGGACGCUGCACCAUUACUUUGUGCCUGACGGGGACUACGAGGAGAACGAUGACCCGGAGAAGUGCCAGCUGCUCUUCAGGGUGAGUGACCGGCUGCGCUGCUCCGCGGGUGUGGAGGCGCAGCAGCGGCUGCUCCAGCAGACUGCGGCGGCGCCCAGCCUGAGCCUGCGGGAGGAAUUCACCAUCUUGGGCCGGCAGGUGGAGGACGCAGCACGGGUGCUAGAAGGCAUCCGUAAGAGCAUCUCCUACGACCUGGACGGUGAGGAGAGCUACGGCAAGUACUUGCGCCGCGAGUCGACGCAGAUCGGCGACGCCUACGCCAACUCGGACAAGUCUCUGGGCGAGCUGGAAAACAAGUUCCGCCAAGGGCAGGAGCACGAGAGCCGCGAAGAGAGCCGCCUCAACGACAACUUCCUGGGCAUGCUGCUACACACGCGCGCCCUCCUCAAGGAGACUCUGGCCGUCUCGGCAGGCCUCAGGGACAAGUAUGAGCUGCUGGCGCUCACCAUCCGCAGCCACGGCACGCGCCUCAGCCGCCUCAAGAUCGAGUACCUCCAGGGCUGAGCCACAGCCCUCACCUGCCCUCUCCCUCCAGCCCGCCACGUGGAGCCCGCUGGGCACGCCUGAGGGGAGGCCAGGCCAGGCGAGAAGACUCCUUCUCCAUAGGUGACUUUCUUGAGAUCUGCGAGGCAGCUGCUGCCAGAAUCAUUCAUUGCUUACA